AUGAUCACAAAGCUAGACAGGUGAGCAAAAUCAAUAUAUCCUACACAUACCGAAUAUAUCUUUCUCUUUGACUUGGGUUUACACAGAUUAUGCACACACUACAGAAAUAAUCAUCAAAAAUUAUAAUAAUCGUAAUAAUCGAAUCCGAGAUGAGAUAUUCUUGAUUUGCCGGACAAGAUUUUUUAUUCAUAACUAUUUCACUAUGAGCAGUAUCAUUUGUGGUUUGAGUAUUAAUGAGCAAUGAACAACUGUGCUGGUUUCGCAAACAUUAGUGAAACUGAGAGAAAGAAGAAAGCAGUGAGUGUAAGUUGUUUUCUGACUGUCCAUCACUCACAUUUUUUAACCACAAAUUUUACAUGUCUUAAACUUGCUACCUUACUGUAUUCAAACUUGAAUUCAUAAGUGAGUCAUGUGAAUAACAAGCUUAAAGUACUCUAAUGAGCUCUCUGAUAGAUUUUGUUUGAGACUUUCCCGGCAUUGCCUUUGAUCAUUUUUCGCGGUUAUGGGUUUAAAAAUAACAGCAACACUUCAGACUAUCAUUAUAACUGAUGAAAUGUUAACAGGUGUAUCUUUGAGCACCCGUUUUAUAAAUGUCUAAAAUUUUUCAAAAAAGGGAAAAUCAGUGAACUGUACUGUGGGCUUGCUGUUGUACCACCAACAUAUAACACUUAAUAAAUACACCCUCUUAAUUUCCCUUAGUGUGCUUUUACCACGAAAGAAGUUCAUCUACCAUUUCAAGAACAUGCGCUGGGCAAAGGGUCGGUGUGAGACAUACCUCUGCUUUGUAAUCAAGAGACGAGUGGGACCAGACACCUUAACCUUUGACUUUGGUCACCUUCGCAACCGCAAUGGCUGCCAUGUAGAGGUAAGGGCUAAAUUCUGCUGGGGCCAGAGCCACAAAUGAAAAGAGCCUGUUCACUGCAGAAGCAGAAAAUAACACUGAUGCACCCAUGUCAUUUUCUCUAACAAGCUGCUUUUCCUACGCUACCUGGGGGCCUUGUGCCCUGGUCUGUGGGGGUAUGGAGGCACUGGAGACAAGAGGCUCAGCUACUCCAUUACCUGGUUCUGUUCUUGGUCUCCCUGUGCCAACUGCUCCAUCAGACUGGCCCAGUUCCUCACAAAGACACCCAAUCUCCGCCUUAGGAUCUUUGUUUCUCGACUUUACUUCUGUGACAUGGAGGAUAGCCGGGAAAGAGAGGGCCUCAGAUUGCUGAAAAAAGCUGGGGUUCGGAUCUCAGUCAUGAGUUACAAAGGUGAGGGCAUAAGAGUGCUCGAAAAUGUACUGUAAGUGGUAGAGAUAGGCAACAGAAAUUUACAAGGUUAUUCCGGCAUAAAGUUAGGAAAGACUAGCCUGCUGAAAAGCUACAUUCCCCCCUCUCAUGAUUAUUCUCCACCUGUCCAGUGAAAGGAUUAUUUUUCUCUCUGUCUUUUCAGAUUUUUUUUACUGCUGGCACACAUUUGUUGCUCGGAAGCAGAGCAACUUUAAGGCAUGGGAAGGACUUCACCAAAAUUCUGUCCGCCUUGCCCGAAAACUCAACCGCAUCCUCCAGGUAGACUUACCUUGUUCCAUGUUUUACUUACACUGGUGAGAUAAGGUCAAACCAAUUGUGAUUUACUUGAAAUUCCUAAUGUAUUUUCUUGUUUUCUUUAUCAGCCAUGUGAAACAGAAGAUCUGAGAGACGCCUUUAAGCUUCUUGGACUGUGAAACACACCUGUGACCUCUCUGUUGUUACCAGUUAGUCAUUAAUGUGAGGGGGGAAAAGACAAGUUGGUGUUGCUACAUCACUACAACUGUUAAACUGAGAAUUAGAUAGACUGAGGGGGGAAAAACUGAUGAAACUGCUUUCAAGUUUGAGCAAGGCCUGUCACUAUAUGCACUGCUAGCUGUUUCCGCUGCC